CUGGUAAAGAUGGGCGGCCACUUCGGAGAUUUGGCCAGGCUGAGGCAUGUAAUCACAUACAGCCUGUCUCCAUUUGAGCAGAGGGCUUUCCCCAACUACUUCUCCAAGGGACUCCCCAACGUGUGGAGACGGUUCAAAGGAUCGGUCUUCAAAAUUGCCCCCCCAAUGAUCGCCGCAUACCUGACAUACACCUGGGCCAACCAUGACCAUGAACAGAGCAAGAGGAAGAAUCCUGCAAACUAUGAGAAGGAUGAAUAAACUUCUGCCACCACUGAAAGCUGCCCCCUGUUCUUCAUUCAAAAUCUGUAUGUGUUACCAAUAAAGAUGAAAAAUAUUUACGUGAAA